AUGUUUCUUGAAUUGCUAAUUGGAGCGCUGAUCUUGCUGCUGACCUGGGACUUUGCGCAAAAGCGCGUGCGGGUCGCAACCUUCCUGAAAUCGGGCAUUAAUGGCCCCCGAUCGCUGCCCCUGGUUGGCUGCGGCCUCAUAGCGCUGGAGCUGGGCGCAGAAAAUAUUAUUAGCUGGGUGGGCCAAAUGUUCGAGACAUAUGGCAAGACAUUUCGACUGUGGAUACUCAACGACUCGCUCGUCUACACCAUGGAUGCGCGCUACUUCGAGAGCAUAUUGAGUAGCACCACCCUGUUGGAGAAGGGUCGCAUGUAUCUGUUUCUGCGACCCUUCCUAAAUGAUGGCCUGCUGCUGAGUGUGGGAAAGAAGUGGCAUGCAAGGCGUAAAGUUUUCACCACUGCCUUCCACUUCAAGGUGCUGGAGCAUUAUCUGGAAAUUAUGGACCGACAGAGUCGAAUUAUGGUGGACAAGCUGGCUCAAUGGGCCGACGGUGGGACAAUAGUGGAUAUGCUUCCGAUUGUCUCGUUGGCUGCACUGGAUGUGAUAACAGAGACAGCCAUGGGUGUGCAGGUGAAUGCACAAAGCGAUCCCGACUUUCCCUACAUAAAGGCACUCAAGAGCGUUGUCUACAUACAGCCCGAUCGCAUGUUCAAGUUCUCGCAACGUUCUGACUGGAUCUUUAGGCUAACGGCGCCGAAGCUCUACAACAAGCUUCGCAAAGACAUUCGCGUCAUGCAUGAAUUUACCGACAAGGUUAUACGUGAGCGUCGCGAGCAGGUGGAACGUGCCAAGGCAGCUGGAACCUAUAAGCCGCUGAGCAUUGGAGAUGACGAUGUGGGGACCAAGUCGCAAAUGGCUCUACUAGACAUUCUGCUGCAGUCGUCCAUAAAUGGAGCCCCCCUCAGCGAUGCGGACAUUCGCGAGGAGGUGGACACAUUUAUGUUUGAGGGCGACGACACCACUACGAGUGGUGUGUCCCAUGCGCUGCACUGCAUCUCCCGACAUCCCGAGGUGCAGGCGAAACUGUAUGCCGAGCUAAUCGAAGUCUUGGGCAAUGAUCGCAGCGCUCCCGUCAACAUGGCGCAGCUCCAGCAGCUCAAGUACUUGGAGUGCGUCAUUAAGGAGACACUGCGAUUGCAUCCUCCGGUGCCGGCGGUGGGUCGCCACACCAACAAGCCGCUGCAAAUAGGCAGGCAGACCAUUCCAGCCAACACCAGCAUCUAUUUGGUGAUUUUCUAUUCGCAACGCGACCCCGACAUUUUCCCCGAGCCACUCAAAUUCAAGCCCGAGCGCUUUCUCGACGGACUUGACGACGAGGACAGUAAACGGAAGACGUUUGCUUACGUGCCUUUCAGUGCGGGUCCAAAGAACUGCAUAGGCCAGAAGUUCGCCAUGCUAGAGCUGAAGGCAAUGAUCAGCAAGGUUUUGAGAUACUACGAGCUUCUACCUUUGGGUGACGAUGUCCAACCCAUGAUGAACUUCAUACUGCGCUCCCCGGUGGGCAUGAAUGUGGGGCUAAGGCCGCGGCCAUAAACGAACGACUUCGCUGCCAACAUUUGGAGGAGUUAAGAAUGUUUUUAAAAAUUCUUUUUAUUCAUUAAGACUAGCAACAAAUUUUGUUUAGGAUAACUGUUUAGACAUAGGCCUAAUACCCUGAUGUGAAGGUAAAUAGUGAUGGGGCUUAUAUUAAGACAAGGAGGUCCUAACAAAUGAUAACAACUCCAUGAUUAUACAAACAUUUAGUACUUAAG